GGCUGUUCUUGACCAUAGUUCUUGCAUGGAUACAACUUUCACUGUAGCUUUAGAAUAAAGUUGCAUCCACUGGAAGGCUUCAUGUGCAAAGUUUAUUUAAUCAGCAAAAGAAUGCUUGGGAAAAUUUAUUUGCUGACUUGUCAAGGCACUGAUUCUGACAAGUAAUUUGGAAUAGGCUUUGGAAACAAACAUCAGUAUUAGUGCUCUCCCAUACUAACCGACAGCUAACAACCAGGAAGAACAAAGGUGAUCAGACGCUUUAAGGACUACUGACACCAGGGACUGCAACUGCACCAGUUACCUUGGACAGCAGUGAGGCUUCCAGAAGAACAGAGCUGACCCAGGCAUAAGUCUCACCAUGCAACUCCUUCCUGCUUUGCUGCUGCUGCUCCUGGUGGUAAUUCGGGCUGAGACACGGAGAGAAAAGAGACUAGGACAAGAAAAAUCUCAAGGCAGAAACAGGUUGAACUCUGUUCAGCACUUUGCAGGCAGCUGCAAAGAGUACAUACAGAAUGGUGAUAAGUUUCUUGACUGCCAAGACCAGCAUUUGACUGCUGUCCUGCUUGGUUGGCCAGAAGAUAUUGACCACCUUCUGCUGGCACAGAACAAGAUAACAGUGCUUCGAGAUAACACCUUUAGUCAUUUUCGAAACCUAGUGAGCUUGGAUUUGCAGCUGAAUGAGAUUUCACUAAUUGAGGAAGGUGCUUUCAGUGGCCUAAGCAAGCUCACCACCUUACUGCUACAGCACAACCGCCUUCAAGUGGUUUCUGAAGCCAUGUUCAUACCCAUGCCUCGACUAAAAUACCUGCGACUUCAUGACAAUCCAUGGACAUGCAACUGUGAGUUGGACAGUCUUGUCCGCUUCCUACAGGUGCCAAGCAACCGUUACAUGGGUAACUAUGCAAAAUGUGCAGAGCCUACAAGGCUGUGGAGGCAGCAGUUAAAGACUUUGGACCCUAAGUUGUUGUGCUCACCACAGAUACAGGCACAAGUUCAUCGACUGCAUUCUGAUACAACAUUGUUGUGCCAGACUCAAGAUUUCCCCAGACCACUGCUUGACUGCAGGAGCAGAGGGCUGAAGGCUGUGCCACCUGAUAUCCCAGAAAACACUGCAAAAAUAGACCUUGCUUUUAAUAACAUAACACAGCUGAGGCCCAAACAGUUUGUAACCAUCAAAGACUUAAAACUGUUAAACCUCAGUAGCAACAGUUUGGAGCACAUCGACACAGCUGCAUUUGCUGGCCUUUUGCACCUGCGAGAGCUGGACCUUACUAAUAACAGUCUGCACUACUUUAAUUAUGGUGUCUUGGAGGACCUAUACUACCUCAGGACACUAUAUCUAGGUGGCAACCCCUGGAUUUGUGAUUAUAAUAUUCACUACCUGAUCUACUGGCUGAAGCACCACCCUGCUGUGGAAUACACAGGACUGCAGUGCAGCGACCCAGACGAAUUCCGCAAUUGGCCCGUCGAAAGCUAUGUCAAGACCUACAAUGAUGAUUGUCUGAAAGACAAGCAGGUGCCCCUGCACAGAAAAACUGGUCCCACGGACACCACAUCACAAGAGCUUAUCGCUGAAGUGGUGGAAGAGCCAGACCUGCUGCCCAGCCCGCUCCAAAAAAAGGAACCCAAAAAGUUUGAGAUUUUUCGUCUGAGUUAAAAACACCACUAUGGUUAUUAUGGAACUUUUCUAAUAAACUGCGAUUUCAACUACUUUGAUGGAGUCUGUACUUGAUAAGGGAAAAAACUCUUAAAGGCUCUUUAUUGUGGUUACAAAAAUAGUACCUUUCUAUCCUUUUAUUUUUCCCAUUUGUAAAAGAAUGAAUCAUAAUGCAUUUUUCUACUGUUUUAUUUCUGAUUAUCUAAUAAAAUCUGUCAUUUUUUCUAUUAA